AUGCUCUCAGAGCUGCUGUUUAACCUGCAGGAUUGUCAGACGACAGGCCACAGGCUGCUGGGGAGCCCCUCAACUGCUCCUCCUCGCUCGGCUGCCCAGAGGAGGGCGCGCUGCGCGUGCGCGGGGGCGAGGACCGCUGCUCCGGGCGCGUGGAGCUCUGGCACGCGGGCUCCUGGGGCACCGUGUGUGACGACGGCUGGGACCUGGCGGACGCGGAGGUCGUGUGCCGCCAGCUGGGCUGUGGUGGGGCCGUCGCCGCCCUGGGGGCCGCCGCCUUUGGCCCUGGCUCCGGACCGGUGUGGCUGGACGAGGUGGGGUGCCGGGGCAGCGAGGCGUCCCUGCGGGGCUGCCCUGCGGAGCGGUGGGGACGCGGAGACUGCGCGCACAAGGAGGACGCGGGCGUGCGCUGCUUGGGUUCCCCGGAGACCACUGUGCUGCCCCUGCCGCCGCUGGCCCCUCCCUUGGCCCCUCCACCUGCCCACAAGGCCUGGGCUCUGCCUGAGAUCACCUGCCUGGUCCUUGGUUCCCUCCUGGGCAUCAUCUCCCUGUUCCUGGGCACGCAGUGGUGCCGCCGCAGAGCAGCCUGCAGGGAGGGUGUCUAUGAGGACAUCGGAGCCUUCCACAUGGAGGAGAAAGACGAGGGACCUGCAGGAUCCGGGGACCUGGGCCUGGAGGAGGACUAUGACGAUGUGGGAGAGCCUGAGGAUGGCGCUGGGGAGGAGGCGGAGGAGGCCAGGGUGCUGCUGA